AUGGAACCUGCUCAGCCCACAUCAACCUUCAGCAACCCACCACCACCAGAAACACCAGUAUUGGAGAAUGAUGAAGCAGAAUACGGCCAAUAUGACUGUGAUGAGUAUCUGAUGCCGAAACCAUCAGAGUGGUUCCCAAAGCUUGUAUCUUUUCAAGCAGAUUUAAUUUACAACUGCAUGGCCACUCUGUCUGCCCCCAUUUUCUCCCUCUUGUCCGUGGCCUCUGAGUCUUACCACCAAGUCGAGCAGACCAAAGACACCGUUGAAUCCGCCGUCCACCAGGUUCCCUCUACCCUCACACAUGGCAGCACCAUCCUCCUCAAGAAGCUUGGUUUUGGGUUGCUUGGGGCUGCUUAUGUCUGUAUGGUUUUGGUCGUGGUUUUGAUUCUAUCUUUUCUUUUGGGUGUUGGGUUGGUCAAUCUUUGGGUGGAGGAGCCUGUGUUUGUGAGAGACAGGUUGCACUUUGAUUACACUGACCCUCAUCCAACGGCUGUCUUUGCUUUUGGUGGGGUUCCUGUUGGACACACUUUUUAUGUCUCUUUGGUCCUAUUGAUGCCUGAAUCUGACUUCAAUAGGGGCAUUGGGGUCUUUCAGAUGAGUGCAGAACUAUUAUCAGUGAAUGGUGAUGUGAUUGCAAAGUCAAGCCAGCCCUGCAUGUUACGAUUUAGGAGCCUCCCGGUUAGACUCACACGAACAUUUCUUAUGGGCGUACCGUUGCUACUAGGAAUCUCUGGAGAAACCCAGAAGUUAACCAUGCAAAUACUCGAGCAUAAGGAAGGGCAUUUUCCAAGAACCCAAGCCAUAAGAGUAACUUUAUUACCAAGAGCUGGAACCUCGUAUCUUCCCCAGUUGUACGAGGCUGAAAUUUUAUUGAAUUCCCAGCUGCCUUGGACGAAACAUUUGGUGCGCAGUUGGAAGUUGACUUUUUACGUCUGGACCUCUUUAUAUACCUAUGUUUUGUUCCUCAUAAUGCUCAUACUUUUCUGCAAGCCACUUUUGCUGCCAAUGACAAUGAUCACAGCUACUGCCGCAGCAAAUGUCAGUGACCAAAGUUACACCGAGACACAAUCACAAGCCACAUCUCGACCACGACGACGCCAUAGUAGGGAAUCACAAGCCCCAUCUAGAGACGUUGAAAGUGAGGAUGUUCAAGAGUUGUUGAGGAAAUGGCAACGCAGCAGAAGCAAAAGAAAGGCAAUGUAUUUGCAACCUGAGGAUUUGGAUUUGGGAGCUGCGGAAACUAUUGGCUCAUCUGCAGCCUCAACAAUUAGUAUUACCAGAGAAGAUGCAAGUGUAGCUGCUGAAGAUGUUGGGGACUUGGAAUCAGUGUGUUUAUAA